AUGGUGGUUGUGGUGCAACCCUUGGGUGCCCAGGACUGCAAGUUACGGUUAGGCUUAAGAAAAGGCUAUCAUUCUGAUGCAGAGUCUGGAUACUCUCUGUAUUCUACUGACUCUGAAGAUCAGGUUGAUACUAUUCAUAAUGGACUUGACCGUUGUGCAGCUUUACUGCAGAAUAUUUUACAAAAUGAGACUACAGUUAGAGAGAAUAAUCGUAAACAACCUGGGAGAACCACUUGUGUUAAAACAGUUUCCAAGCCAUUUAUAACCAAAGGAAAUAUUUCCAAGAAGAAAGGGUUGAAAAAACAUAAUGUUGCUGCACAUGUGCAAAAAGAAAUCAUAGUGCCAGUAUCAAGUAGGAAGCAGGCCUCAUCCACCACCCCUGCCACUGAUAAGGAGCUUUGUAAUGCACCCCAGAAUCAGCUGGUUGAACCAAUUCAUGUGCCUUGCAGUCAACACUCUCCUGUUAUGCACCAAAAAUUAUGUGAACAUGUGCAGACUCAGAUGGCUCUGAUAACUGGCCAACCCUCACAAGCCAGUAAUGAAAUUCCUACUACAAGUCCUUAUUUUGCCUCAAAUCCUGGUUGUCAAAAUGUUGCAGCUCUUAAUUAUCGGUUAUCUACCUCCACACCAGCUCUGUCCCUGCAGCAUUCAGCUAAUCCUUUAUCUUCUCAGUCUGGUGUUUCUGCAGAUAAUAACCCUGRAAGUAUGCCCCAGAUGGGAGGAACUGUGGUUUGCCCGGUAGUUUCUGCUCCCGCUACCACUACUGCACAAACUCAGGCUGCCACUGCUCUUCCUGAUCAGAUGCCUUGCCCAGUAUCAGGUGUACCAAGUACCUCUACAGUGUCUACAUUCGUCCCAUCAUUAUCUGGCAAAGAUACCACUCUAAACCAAGAGCACUGGAUCAAGGAAGCAGAUCUGAUAAGAUGYAUACAAGCUCACCUGGCCUUGUUGCAACCACAUGGAAAGAACAGGACUGAACAAAAGCAGCAGCAGCAAUGUCCAGCACAACCUAAUGUCUCAAAGAAUAAGGAAGAGGACRUCUCUGAAGAACAAAGUGGGGAUGCUACUAGUGAAGAAGAGGAACUGAGUGUACUUGAUGUUGCCCCUGUGAGAGAGACAAGCUGUCAGAAAAGUUUUGGCAGGAAAGUUCUAAAACCUAAAAGAGAAAGUCCAGAAAAAACAGCCCAUAAAAUUAGAACAGUAAAAUAUCUUUUGGGGGAGCUCAGAGCCCUGGUAGCAGACCAAGAUGAUUCAGAAAUGUUAAGGUUGAUGAGUGAGAUAGAAGACUGUAUAUCAUUGCUUCCAGCUGUAGUGGGAAGUACAAAUAUACAAGCUGAAAUAGCACUAGCUCUACAGCCUCUUAGAAGUGAAAAUGCCCAACUGCGUAGGAGAAUAAGAACAUUAAACCAGCAACUCAGGGAACGAGAGAGAAAUGAGAAGACAUCUGGACAGAACUGCAACUAUGAAUUAGUUUCUCUGCAGUCCCUGAAUAUGAUGCUCCAGAGUCAAUUGAAAGAGUCACUAAAAGGCCUUGAGUCACUGCAAGCUAAAAAUGAAGAGCUAUUUAAAAUAAUAGAAAGUCAAAAAGAAGAAAAUAAACAUGUUGCAAAAAGUAUUCAAGAGAAAGAUAAAGAAUUGCUUGAAAACAAGCAGCAAUAUGAUAUUCAUGCCACCAAGCUUAAGAUUGAAGUAGAAGAAGCACUAGCAAAUGUGAAGAGCCUUCAGUUUAAGCUGGAAGCUUCAGAGAAAGAAAAUCAGAUUUUGGGCAUAACACUUCGUCAGCGUGAUGCAGAAGUUAACAGACUGCGUGAGUUAACCAGAACCUUGCAGGGCAGCAUGGCCAAGCUUCUGUCUGACCUCACAGUGGACAAUAUCAGACCUAAGCCUGACAAAGGUCUCUCGAGAUCUCUUUUGGAAGACUAUGAGAAACAGAUGCAGUCUGAUCCAUUUCCUGUGAGUACUUCAGUAAUGGCUUAUCUUAAAAAAUUAGACACUGAUCAUAAUUUGACAGAUACAGAGCCUCAGUUCUCCAACAAAAGCAGGGAAUUGGAAGAGCCGCCUCUGGCCUAUGGAAAGUGUGCUGCUGAAGGAACCAAAAUAAACAGUACAUUCUCAGAAGAAGAAACUGGGGCUCCAAGAGUCUUACCAGCCUUACUGGAGCAAGAUAGAGAAACACUGAGUGAUUCUGUGACUUUAUUAGACAACCAAAACAAAUUGGAUGAGACUAUUUAUAUUCCAUUAACUAGCAGUGCCUCUAAAAAACAUCUGCCAGUCUCUGAGAGAACUGGCAUGGAACCCCAAAGCAGAGGGGCUUCUAAGACGUUGGAAUUCAACUAUGAGCUCUCAAACUCUGAGCAGCGGAGUGGGUGUGAGGUGUCAAAGGACUCCCCUCUUUUGGAUAAACUAAAUGUUGGAUACAGUUUGAAAAGGGCCAUAGAAAACUCACUUGAAGCUAUAGGGAAUACAGUAAAGCUGGAAGAAGACAAAAUGCAAACACGGUCAGAAGACAUUCCGAGUAGAGCAGCAAAAGACUUUACAGACAAACCAGACCAGCCUCAGUCUGGUACAUACCAUUGUGUUCCAGUGCCCUUUCACAAAGAGAGUUCUAGGAAAAGAGGCAGUGAAAUAUCUGAUGUUUCAUUUGAUGAUGUGUCGGGAAGGUCUGAAUGGAGUGCAUCUUCCUUCUCAACCUUCACUUCUCGCGAUGAAGAGGACUUUAAGAAUGGCUUAGCAGCCUUGGAUGCCAACAUAGCUAGGUUGCAAAGAACCCUGCAAAAUAGCAUUAUGAAACAAUAAGUAUGAAGAAAGAAAAGGGUGUGUACUUGUUUGGGUAACUAGUUUUUUCUAAAGUAUAUUAAUAAGUAUGGUGCUAAUCUUAAUAUUUGUAUUUUUUGUAUGAUGACUAACUCCUAGCUGUUUAAAUUAUGAAAGGAAUUUGUUCCUUAUUAAGUUGUGGUGCUGCUUCCCUUGAUGUGUACAACUUCAAAUAACUGGUUAAAAUACCUUUAUCUAAAUUAUUGAGUUAGCUUUAUACUCUAAUUGCAAAAUUGCAAAAUUAAUUCUUAGCACAGCAUUUGAUAACUUUUUAAGAAACUGAUGUGCUGUUGGCGAUUUGGUUUUUAUAUUAAAUGAUGCAUAUUCAUAUUUGUUUUCUUCUCUGUGCUUUUCAAAGUAGUAAGAGCAGCAUUAAGAUGCAUUUGAUCUCAGUUACAGAUAUGCUGAAGUAUAGAGAAACUUUGAUUUGGUUAUCUGGCUUGUGUAAAACUGGACAUAUGGUUAUUUCCAUUCUUUUUGACCAAGCGUGUGUUCAGACAUGAUAUCCUUGCUGUGGUUACUCAUGAAAAUGCCUAAACAAUAGAGUGGGCAGGAUUCCUUAUUGAGCAGCAUUGCUACU